GCUUGAUUGUCCAGUGUUGUACGUUCAAGUACUGCGACCAUGGCCUCCACAUUCCUUUCUUUGCGUAAAACACGUCUACCAUUCCGUGUUGGCCAGACUCCUGUUCGUCAUGCAGGUGGCCAGGAAAUCAACACCUCCGACCCGAGAAAAGAUCUCAUUCGUCGCGUACUCUAUCCCACCAAUAUCCGUAACCGCGCUUCGCCAACUGGCACAUGGUUGCCCGACGUAGGUCGCAGGCUACAACGCGCCAUACCCUCUGUUCAGGCGCACGAAACGAUUGAGCGAGCUUGGUUCUUGCACCAGCGACAUGCACGAAGGCGGAGGCAAGCAGAGGCAGAGAAGAAGUUCCAGUGCAUGUGGAAUGCGAUGGAGAAGCUUCGCGAGCUGAGCCCGAGACUAUAUGAGGAGGCUAACAAGGGGGAGGAUCCUAGGGCGAGGAGUCCAGCAGAGACCGAGAUCUGGAAGUCAUUGAAGAAGUCGGAGAGGAGGGCAUUCGAUUCCAGGAUACGCGGAUUAUUCCCUAGGGAGUUGCGGCCACCGACGGAUACACCUCCCACCGGUGGCUGGAAUUACGACUACCAGCCAACACUGCGAUCCAGCAGCUGAGGUAUCGGCCUCGUCUCCCUCCAUCUCUCCCAAUGGGCAUGUUCACAGGAAAACUGUUGUGUAUAUGGGCCCCAUCUUUGCUUUCAUCUUUGCCAUCUCGUAUACAUCUAAUUUUCUAA